UGGAGCAUUAACCCCUUGAACUGAGAGUUUUAUGUGAAAUGAUUCAUGCAUUAUCUCGUUUCAUGGAGUUGUAAUUUAAUAACUUAUACUUCAUUUCAAAAGGCAUUUUAAACGUCCUUUUUAUCAUGAUAGGAGUGUCAAACGUAUUUGUUUGUUCUUUAUUAUUAUACACUAAACUAACUCUAAACACUAAACACUAAAGCGGGCCUGUCUGUGUGGUACAGUCGUCAACUCGAACGAUGCCCGUCAUGGGUUCAAUCCCCGAAUAGGACCCCGUGUCCACUUUACUAGAAACUAUUUUUGAUUCUGGAAGCUGCAACUUUAACAGUAGUGUAAACAAAUAAAUAGCAAUAUAUAAUGGAAAACUAAAAGAAUUCAAUACAUAACAUCGAUGACGGUGAUUUGGCAGCACCACAUCCCCUCUUUAUUCUUUUUACGUCUGAUGGUAGGUACGUCCAACGGGCGUUAGGUAAUCAUAAAUGGGGCAACCAUCGCCUCCAGUCGGUUUUGAUAAUCCCGAUUCAGCAUUUAACAAUAACCUUUGACUGCAGCCAUGGGACAGGGAUUUUUAAUCCCGAAUAACUAUCCUUCACGCUCAACCGUGUUUGUGUGAAGCAUAAGAAAAGUCAGCAAAAGUCACGCCCGAAGUGUGCUUUCCCGGCCUUUUCGCCACAAAUUGCUCGUGACUUUGGAAUAUUCUUUGUUUCUUUCCAAUGGUUCUUCCUGCUGUUUGUAGCUUAAAGGCUUCGAACGGAUCCAGCAGGUCCAGCACGGAAAAAAACUGGAAUGGCGAAAAGAAACCGAAAGAAAAUUGCUUCCCGGCGGUACGAUGAUGAUGGGAAACUUUUUAGCUUAACCUACCACAAAAAUCACUGGCACUUGUGCGCCGUCGGUAAUCCGACCCGAUUGUGCCCGGUGCCCCGGUCUCUGUUCCCGAGGGCGACAGAACGGAUUGGCAUGGUUUCGUUUGCUGACGAAGGAAUUUGAUUUGCAUUCAGCUAAUAAAGCUGGUGGCGGAAAAUUCUUAGCGAUAGCAUUUCAAGCGGCUUUGUUUCUUUUUAUUACAGUAGAAUAAGCUAGUAAGCUAGAAAAAUAAUCAUAAAAAAUGGAAUAGCAUACAGCAGUACAACGGGGGACGGGGAUCCUGUUUUAUUUGCAGCGAAAUGGGCGUGAAAAUGAAAAUUUUAUAGCAAGAUUUUAAUAUGCAUAGAACUAAAUGCUAGUCAUACUGUGUAAUCGUAAAUCCGUUUGACAUGGUUCGAUCAUCUAAUGGGUAAAUGGGACCGGAUUCGAUUCCCAGUCGGAAUGAUCGCAAGUGCGAAAGAGAAGAGUUUUUUUUCUAAAUUAAAUUAUUCUUCCUAACUGUCAUGCUAUAUUGUAAAUCAAGUUCGAUAGUUAUGAUAAUUAUAACUUAUAAGUUUGUUACCCAUCCAAAUCAACAAUGACUGAGUUUUUGAAUCGAGUUGGUUCAAAUCAUUCCCACAUGCCUUCCACUCCAUUCUUUUAGAACCACCACAAAUCCUGACCUAUAAUAACGUCCCCAAUAUUAGGGGCGCGAACGAUAAACUUUCGAUUAUCAGAUCCCGUGAGCUACCUUCCCUUCAUACCAAGCCCUCCACUCCUACCAUGAUGAAUCCCCACCCCCCACACCUCAAUCCCACUGCAAUGCCUCAGACUUUGGGCGGAAUAUACGAGCAUCCCGGCGAAGGUGAGUUUGCGAAAACAUGAAACGGACAUAUUUAGGACGUCCGGAAUUAUAAUAGUUCCCACGCCAGCCUGAAACACUGGAUGACACAAGCAACGGUGUGUUGUAGGGUACGGCUUUUAUCGUGAAAGGCCCGUCCCGUAUGGGCACUGCUCUGCUUUUGUUCGGACUUGGUCGUAAACCAAACGAACGGUUAUUAUUGAAAAAGCGACCAUCGAACCAUAACCCAUCCAUCGAAAACCGCCAAUGUAUGAGAGCGGGAGUACUAAAAGGCUCAAAAAUAAAACAAAAAAAAGCAAAACAAGAAGCAACGGGAAUACUGUUGACGUUGACAGGUCAAAAAAGUUGGAGCUCGCGAAUCGAUUUCAUUUCGAGCCUGGUGCUUGCAACGACCGGUGGUACGGAACUCGGUUUCGGUUCAGGUGGAAGCUUUUAUUUUUUAAGUGCUUUCGAUUGUGGGCCACCUUCCCCGAUUAAUGGACGAUCCGAAAGCGGUACGGUUUGGAAACAGAUACGCAACAGCAUCGUAACGUGGUGAACCGGAUAGUGUAAUGAAUGUGAUUAAGUUCAAACUUCCGGUUAGCUUCGAGCCAAAGUGCAAGCUGUACGGUAGCCGGCGCAGGAUUCCUCGGAGCGCCCACACUACACCGGACACGCUUUUCAGCCUGUGCGAGCUAAUGCUUCGAAAGCUUCUGGGCAGUCGAGUUCCGCGCAGAAAGUUCUGGCCCACCGUGUUGUCCUUGCUGCCCGGAUCUGAGUCACGUCGGAUCGGUGUGCGGCACCAGGUGGAGUGUCCACAUGAUUUUAACAUCCAUCUUAGGUCCAGCGUAAACUAUGCCAAUCAUUGGAGCCUGCUGACGGAAGCUUUGCAGCACGAGCCACGGUGGCCACGGAUACGCAUCGGUGAUCCAGCACGCAACCGGAUCACCCGCCUCCACCAGGACUACCCAUCGCAGCACAUUUGGCAGAUCCGACCCUAUGACAUGCUGACCAGCGCGUUUAUAGUACGCACAGCAGCAAAGAUUGCGUCACUGGAACAGCAGCGCACCCUGGGCAGGUUCCGACCGGGACGAACUGCGUCCUCCUUAACCACUACCACCAUUACCACCACCACUACGUCUACCUCAUCCGGUCGACGGUUGAGUCGCGAUAGAUCGAUCGAUGUGCCGGAUAACGACGACGACGACGACGACCGGGAUGACACGCAGCGGGUGCAACAGAUACAGCGGCAACAGCUAAUGGUAAUCGGAAAACGCACAACCGGAAGCUACGAGCUACGUCUGAACAGCGUGUCAGUUAAAGGCUCCCGACACAAGCGACCGACACGCUAGAAGAUUCGUUUAGCAAACACACUACCCUAACCUAGUGUCCCCCCCAUUCUUAUCGUUAUCAUUCAAUUUCCGA